CAGAAGAUUCUUGAUCCUUCUCAAAAUGGCAGCGUGCAGUAGUCGACUCUGACAGACACCGUUAGGUCAAAUUAUCAGCUUUAGAGUUGAAAACCUAGAAAAAAGCAGAAACAUGUUUCCAGAAACAGCUCGGUGUGUAACAGCGGCUCUGUCGCCAUUCUCUAAAACCGCUGUCUUGAAGGAAUUGAGGCGGUUAUCAGCACAUGGCGGAGUGUGUCGUCUGCAGCCCCGGAGACACUUCGCUGUCAGCCGCCGUCUCACAGCCAAGGUCCCCCCUCCGCGUAAGCCCAGGGAGAGAGUCCCAAUCCCCGGGCUCGAGAUGAUCAACUACGGGGAGAGGAUGCACUAUGUGCCGGGGCUGGCGAAGCCCGUGAACCCAGACUGGGAGAAGGACUUCAAAGAUCCGAGAUAUUACAAGUCUCCCCCGCUUGACAAAAUGCCGCUGAGCAAAGAGAAACCGUGCUAUGUGUUCAACCAGAGGAGCAGUCUACUGGAAGGUGUGCCUCAGGCUCUGUGUUUGACCAAAACAAAGCUGAUCCCUGGUCUGCCACCUCAGCUCCUGUCAGCUGUUGAGAAUCCUGCCAACCAGAUUCCAGAUCAGGACGAGCGCGUGCAGAAUGCCAUCAAACACGCUCGCUUCUGGGACACGACAGAGGAACGGCCGGACAAAACGAAAUACAGCAACACUCUGUUAAACAACCUCAUGCACCUGUGUGCAACUCUACAGUCCAGCCACCCGGCGAUCGGCAGGAGGAUGCUUGCGGAAAAAUACUCUUUAGCAGCUACGUGGAAAAGAGGUGAGGACCUGUUCCAGAUCAGAGGUCAGAACGGUUUACUGCACAGCUGCAUGGAUCCUCUCCCAGUGGUUUCUGGGAGAGAGGAAGUUGCAGAAACGGCAGAUCACGUCAUGCAAUCCCUCUACCCAGUUUCCCCCACCAUCGACCUGCAGAAAAUCUAUGUGUAUAAAGAGGAGAUGAACAACACAGGUUUCAGGGAUGACUAUCCUUAUCCUCAUGUGCACACGCUUUACAUCCUGGAUGGAGCUGACACCAACUUUUCACUUCGUCGAGAACAGUUCAGAGCCAAAAUUCUCAUGUUCGCAUUUGGAAACGCUCUGGCCCGAGCACACAAACUGUAUGGGACUCAGCCCCAGCGUGUAUUAGAUUGUCCUAUAACAGUACAGGCAGUUGGGACCAAUGGCAGAAUGUUCCAGUUUUUGGUUUUCCAGCUCAACACCACAGAUUUCUCAGGGGAUGAUGGCAUUAAGAACCAGGCCUGGCUGGACGAGGAUGCUGAGCUCUAUGACUUUGCUAAAGUCCGACCACUGAUCAAGAAGAAACAAGUGAAGGUACCAGCUGGUCUGGCCGGGUACAAGCCCGAGAUAUUCAACAAGUUCCUGGCCAUGUACCUGCACGGCGCUGUAUAGGACUGCUUACCUCCUAACUGUGUGUGUGUGUGCGUGUGCGUGUGUAUCUGGUAUCUAAACCAGUGUUAUAUCACAAAAUACUUCUGCUCCUGUCCUUUCAAACAGCCUGUGACCUGGCUCACAUCAAUAAAACCUGUCACUCUCUCA